AUGACACCACCACCAGUCGUCCCUGCUGGAAAUGGUCAGCAGGAUGGGCAGAGCUUGGAUGAGUUGGUGAUGGGAACAAAUAGCAGCUCCAUCGUGUCGAAAAGAAGUGUUGAGAAGCUUUACUACCCUGACGAGCCGCAUUUCUACCGUUUCUUUGUGCCGCGAUUUCAAAGGCGAGCACCACUGGUCAACCGCGGUUACCACCUGAGAAUCAAAGUCAUCGACACCAUUGUUCGCAACUUUCUACGCGAGCCCACGUCUCGCAAGAAGGUGAUUGUCAAUCUUGGAUGUGGAAGCGAUGUGUUGCCAUGGCAGUGUCAUGCACGCUACCCAGAGCUGGCCGGCGACACUAUGUUUGUCGAUGUCGAUUUUCCAGACUUGAUGGAGAGGAAACGCAAUAUAGUGUUGGCCCAUCCCGAGCUUUCCAGCCUGCUGGGGUCCUCCUGCGUGAUGGGCGCUGCGGGCUCCCCAAUUCUGCUCCAAAGUGCCCUGUAUUCACUUAUUGCCUGCGACUUGCGCCAGCCUUCAGUCCUUCAAGACUGCCUGUCCAAAGUCACAGGUGCAGACACACUUGAUGUCAGCUUCCUAUUCGUGGCUGAGGUGUCAAUCACCUACUUAGAGACCCGAGCAGCCGAUGAAGUCAUCCGCUGGGCCAGCUCGAUCGGUUCUGCUGCUCCCAGAUGGCCCGGAGCAUCCUUUUGCAAAGACGAUGAUGAGACACUUCAGCAAGAUGAAUACACCACUGAGGCAAGCAAUAAAUCCACGGGAGAACCUUCGACGCCGCGACCACCACAGGAACAGCCGAGCACGCUUGAAAAGUGGCGAAUAGCCAUGCGACUUGAUGAGCCACCGAAAGGCGUGUCACUGCGACGCUUUGGCGCUGCUGUUCAAAUUGCCGUGCCUGAGAGACCCAAACAUCUCUGUCAUAUUCUCGGCCAAGGACCCGGAUCGCGUCUCAGCUCCCUUGACGUUCACUCCAUCUCGGAAGAGGUCAUUCAAGCGACAUCGUCAGGCAAUGGACCCUCACAGAGAGUGUGCUUCACUCUCACAGACCUGGGCAGCGCAGGGGUAAUGCUCGCUGGUGGGCGCGCCUCUCCUACUGCGCCGUCGAAGGAAACCUGGAUCUAUACCGCGUCAUCGGGGCGCUGGUAUAGGUCCCACGACCUGCCCAUGCCAUCUUUUCGGCACUCGGCGGUCAGGCUAGGCUCGUCUUCGCUGGCUCUUGUUGUAGGGGGAAAGACGGACAAGCACAGCGUGGCGACAGCGUGUCAUGUAUUCGAUCCGAAGAUCGGCUGGCGGACUUGUAAGCUUCGCGGGACAUGCCCGGCCGUCUUCGGGGCGACCUUGAUUGACUGCCCCAAAACUAAUGCUGCGGCCUACACGGGAGCCCUGAUUGGUGGUAUGCACGAGGAUGGCACAUGCAAUCAGUCGACUUUCUUCUGGGAACUAGAUAUGGAUGGCUCGUCUGACCUCUCCAUAUCUUUCAGACGCGGUGCGGAUGCAGACCCCUCACUAACUGGGCACCAUUCAAGCCUGCAUAGAUUCGGAGCCAACUGCCUCCCCACGCCUGAUGGAUGCUUCCUCCUCUUCGGCGGUGUCACGGCGGGCUCUCAGCUGCCACAAGAUCAGGAUAUACUGGUGCUCAAGAUGGGAGCGAAUGGUUUCAAUGCAGUCGCUUGUCUUGUCGACGUUGAUGAGAAGCGUAGUCUGCGCCCCUUUUUCAUUGGGUCCUCUGUCGUAUAUAUCGGGCACCACCAGUAUGUUAUCCUUGGGGGCGGCGCGACCUGUUACGGAUUUGGAGGCUACUGGUCGAGGGGCACGUAUAGCAUCGUGUUCGACACUGCAAACGAUAUGGUGGGAGAGCCAGCCGCCGGUAAAGCGGCACCUCUACCUGUGCGAUAUGCGCACACAAACGACAUUUAA